AUGGCGGCCUCAUCCACUCCACAUGAAAACAUCACAAAAAAGCUCAAAACGAAAAUAUGGCCUCCAGGCCCCGAAGCACUCAGACCUGAGAAGCAGGAGAAACGUCACCUCCCAGAAGUGCCUGCCGAGAGCUUUACCAGUGCCCCAGUACCUAAAAGUCCGCUAACAAAGGGAAAACAACCAGCUGAAGAGAGCUCUGCCUACUAUGAAGCCGGUGGACAAAGAAGAUCAGGGGAGAACAAAAUUUCUACCGGCCACGAAAACGACAAUUAUGAACAGGGAUCGAAAACGAAAGGCAAACAGAGAGACGCAGAAGAAGACUUGCCUCCUCCAAUCACUGAUUGGAUCACGCGCGUACCAUCUAUGACAUCGGAUGACCACCGAAGUUUUGACAGCUUAGAGGUACGCUCGUUGGAUUCUCGCGCCACACUAUCGCCAACCCAUUCUUACCGCGAUUUCCGCGACUGGCUUUAUGGGGGUCCAAACAGACAGUUCGCCAGCUCCUCCUCUCAGGAGAGUCUCUCAGAACACCCCGAGAUACCAGCUUUGAGAGACCUGCCGGUCCCAAGGAACUAUUAUACAAAUGAAUGGACAUUCUCUCAAGGUUUUGGACAACUCCGCAGUCCCCUUGUGGAAGCAUCGCAUUGUGGUGAUGCUGCUACUCUCAACAUCUUGAUCGAUAAGGGAGCAGAGAUCGACAUGCAGUUUGCACACGGGCAAUUUGGCAGCGCUCUCGUUGCUGCGAGCUUUGGUCAAUUUCCAGAGAAUGUAAAAGUCCUUCUCGACAGAGGGGCGGAUGUCAAUCUACAGGUCGCUCACGGGUUAUAUGGCAGUGCUCUCGUUGCUGCGAGCUUUAGUCAAUAUCCAGAGAACAGGGCGGAUAUCAAUCUACAGGUCGUCCACGGGAAAUUCGGCAGUGCUCUUGCCGCAGCUUCUGAGAGUCCACGUACUUCAGAGUCGGUCAAGAUAUUACUUGAAGCAGGGGCAGAUGUUAAUUUACCACUCUCCUUUGGUAGCUUCAAUGAUGCAAUGUCGGUGGCAGUAUACAGCAGAAAUGCUGCAGCCAUCAAACUUCUAUUUGAAGCAGGGGCUAAAGUCUCACCUCUGGCAGCAAGCUUGAUACAAAGAGCAGCGUCAAAUAACUCGGCUUUUUGCAAUGAUCUCAAAGGCAUGGCAUCUGAUUACACUUGCUCUCCGGAAACUUUGAGGCUAAAGUUCUAUUGCGAACUUCCGUCAUUGGCAGCUGAUCGCGAUGAUACUGAAUGGCUAUUCAACAUGGGAGUCUUGAUAAGGAAAAAAGACACCGUGGAGUUUGCAACUCUCCAAGAUUACCUGUCUCGCUCAUUUGAUGCAACUGGUCUUGACUUGUUGCGGGGAAUCGUCAGAGCCCUGGAAACCCCUCUCAAUCUCUACUGUUAG